UCGAGGCUGAGGCAGUGUUAUCCGUAACUUGGCGGCAGAGCGUUGUGUCGAAGUUUUCUCGUGAGAAGGGAGAAAUGUGAGCAGUUCAAAUGGAGCUUUGGCUUGUCAUCAACCUCCUCUCGAUCGUAUGGGGCGUAGGUUGCAGCGUCGACGUCGUUUUGGAGAGCCCGGAAGGCGGCUACUUCCUCAAACAGUCCCUGACGAGGGCGCAGCCCCCUGAACCUCCUGUACCAGGGCCACCGGGUGCCGUCCUGACAACGGAGAGGUUCGCCGUUUUUCAGACUUCCAGACCGUUGGCUGUCAGGGCGAGCUAUGGGCCUUUUUCGACCAAGCAGACCGUUCCGGCAAGGAGCCUCGUCGCGGAGCCGAGCAGCAACACUUCUGAUCUAUCUUGGGGCAGACAUCUCGAUUUGUCCGCUCAUCUAGUCACCAAAACGGUGGAACGAGACUGGCCAGUAGUAAGAGUGGUGAUGCACACUGGCGCCGAGCCGGGUGCACAGCGGGUUUGCGCCGUCGUCCAUGCCACGAUGGGAGAAUCAAGAGUUUCCGGUGCGUGUUCUCCUGACAGUCACGAAGGCAUGUGCCUCGUCGAACUCGUCUUGCCGUGGUCGUGGUGGCCGCCGUUGCCCGCCAGAAGAGCCAAACCAACCAAAACACCACCGAGACUCGUCACUUUAGCUUAUACAGUAGUCGAACCAGUACGAGGACCUCAGUGCACCCCGAAAGUAAUGAUACAAAGUCUCACUCCCUUAGGUACUGUACAAUUAGUGCCAGCAAGCCAAGCGUACAACACGAUCAGUACGGACAACCACGUUACCAUGCUCAUGCCUCAAAGGCAUCUCUACCCAACGAGCAAAAUACACGUGCCAACUUAUGUCACGAUCAAACCACCUGCACACGUAACCGGAUUCAUGCUAAGAGCCCGUGUGAAGAGUGGAUUAAAGGUUCUUGGAGCUGAACUUAUUUCGCGGGAGGACUGGAACAUGACUGUUGAGAUAAACACAAAGCAGUCUGUUGCAACUGUGACUGUAAUUAACAAGCAACAGCAACAAGACAUUGUACCAAGGACCGAAGAAGUGUUCGUGUGGAUCAUUGAAGUGGCAGGAGGUGGGCUAACAGGACUGUGGCAAGAAGGAAAAUUAGUAUGGAGUGUGAGGUACUUGAAUGAAAGAGGACAUCCGUCUACCAAUCCACAUCAUCAUGGCAAGCAUAAAGCAAGUGUGCGAAUACACAUUAACAAAGAUGACAUACACGCUUUGAUCCCGAUAUCAAAGAACUGGGAAGUUGUAAACAGUGCUGUUUUAACCGGAAAGCAAGUUAGCCAAGGGAUGAAGGUUGUCAUGGUGUCACACGGAGGUCAUCUAGCCGAUGUGACCCUUCAGGCAACUUGCCACGUGCCAGAUGACAGUGUCAUCAAAGUGUCAUCGUCUUGCAGUUCAGUUUAUGUCGACGGAUCCGAAGUAAGGGGUUCAGCGAAUGCAAGUGUUGUUGUGAGUUAUGGAAGUCUGGUAGCACUUGCGAGUUUCACUGUAUGGAUGCCGGAGCUGCCGGUUGAAGUGUCCUUGCCUGACACAAGGCUUAGUCAAGUCAAAGGUUGGAGGGUUCCUGACACUAGAUCUGGAAAAAUGAAAAGAAGCCUUCGAACAGACACUUCACUAUCGAUGCUUACAGAAGAUAACAACUUGGAGAAACCAACAGCUUGUAGGCUAAGAUACCAACAGACAGACGUAGAGGUUUAUGCCAGAUUUGUUGCUGCAGAUCAUGAUUCUGGCCGGGUGUCAUACCUUGUCAAUAGGCGCACAUGGCUAAGGGUUACUCAGCUUGUUUUAGGUCUUUUGAGAGUAUCUGAUACAAGGAUUGCUACUUUGCAAGGUAACAUAUUGCAAGGAAGAGCACCUGGAAGAACAGAACUUCAGGUUGUAAGUGCUGUAUCUGGAAGAGUCCUCGGUGCUAAAGAAGUUAGAGUUUUGAGCGACAAAGUUACUAUUACGAAACUUAGCGCUAGUGUGGUAUCAGGGCUCCAGUUGGCAAUUUCUCCAGAUACAGGUGUCGAUAAUGGGUAUAUAGCACAAGCCUCAGUCACUAGAAAGCUUACAGCGCAAUAUCAGGAGGGAUUACUUGACAUGGAAUUGGUAUUUUCUGAUGGAAGCACAACGUCCGUUUCUUCGAUUGAAAGAGAAGACUAUCAUUUAAUGGUUGAAACUGAGAGACCUGAUAUUGUCGCUUUUGCACCUCAAACACCAAUGUCACAGCCGAGAGUUAUUGCAGUCGCUCAGGGAAAAGGGAAUCUUUUAACUGUAACUAUGCAUCCUCCGACUUCAUGUGGUUCAAAAGUCCCGCUUUCUUCAACACGCGCACAUGUUGACAUUGACUUCAGCUUAGGACUUUCUGUCACCCGGACAGAGCUUGUUCAGAAUGAUGGCGGUGCUAACAGGGAAAUAGUAGCAGACCUUCACGAUCUUAUUGGUAAGGGAAUUCCAUUAAAGGAUGAACACAAUCAUGAACCGACAGUUCAAGCUAGACAACACCACGGCUCAGGAGGGACGUCGACGGGUGUAACAGUGUCUAAAAAUCAUAUAUUAACACCGCUAGAAAUCGGGAUGUAUGUCCUCCUGGCUGCUUUCUGUUUCGCCAUAGUCGUAUUCGUAGUAUCCUGCAUUGUGUACGCUUCAAAGUUCAAAGCAGCAGACGGCAUUGGGCAAGAUCUUCACCAUCAAUCGGCUCACCAGCAGAACCAACAGCAGAGGAGGCAGCCGCCGACUCAAAAUGCACAUGACUGGGUCUGGCUUGGAAGGUCCACGCUGCACGUAACGGACAACCCCAUGUUCCAAGGAAACUCAUUUCACAAUCCAAACCAUUUCGAACACUCACAUCACCACCAAUGGGAGAGCAACAAUGAAAGAAUGAUGGAUAGGAAGGAGGUGGUACCACCUGUGCCACCUCAUGGGCCGGGAGUACUUGAGGAUUAUCGUCCACCUGUGCCACCACACAGGAAGCCCAUGGUUGUAAAGCACCAUCAUCACCACAAGGGCAGAGGGAGGAAAAGGGCAACCGUCGUCGGUAACCCGAUGUUUAACGACAAUGAGACAGGGCUGGCACUAGAAGAGCUCAAUCUCGGAAUGGACUACAACCAGAUCAUGCAAUAUUUUGACAAUCUGAAGGAAUCCAACGCCUGACUCUUGCACCACUCACCCCGGCAGUACCACUUUUGUAACACCCGCUUACAAUAUUGACAAUAACUGUAGUGCUUACUGCAAGUUCUGUCACCCUCUUCUACUACUAGAUGCUUUUAAAAAAAAUUUAUUUAAAAAAAAGGCAAAAAGAAAAAAAAUUAAUGACAAAACCUCUAGAAUUUUUCAUAAAUGUAAGCAAUAUGUGAGUGGUAAAUUUAAGAUUAGCCGGUACUGUAGAUAGAAUACUUAAGAUAUAUCCUUGGUGCUUUGGUAAAAAAAUUGUGUCCUCUUUGUCUGCUUCGAAUCACAUUACUUUUGUGAUGUACCACCUACUGUUACCUGAUAUGUAAUCUCUUAUUUUUAUAUAACUGUAUGAUAUUUUUAAUUUUAAAUUUUAUUGAUUCUAUGGUGGUAUGUCUGGGAGUAACCUGGCGUGUCGUGUCUCACAUGGUAUACUUCGGCGAUAUUAACCUAAUUAGAUAACCAGUUAGUUUAGGUACAGAUGUCUGUACUUGUAAAUUGUAAUUUAUAACAAAGUGAGCGGUGUAAAUCUCUGCUAUGUAUACUCUGUGGAUACAAUCAAGUUGUAUAGGUCGUUGAAUCAUUUUUAAAGGGUUGUGAACCAUUAUCUAGUCAAACAUUGCACAAGCUUAAGAGCAACUUCUCGUCAAUGACUGUGUCUAUGAUGAGUUUUAUUUAUUUAUUCUCAGCUGGGCUAAGAGGCUAAUGUUCAGGCGUACAAUGUGAAAUGAAUUUUUUCUCAAUGUGUUUGUAAUAAUAAGGCUGAUGUUGUUAUCAUUGUUUUUAAGUUAGUAGGAACUUACUGAUGUUUAAAAUCUCUUGUAAAAAAAAAAAAAAAAAAAAA